AUGUCGCUACGGGAAAAAUACAUGGCCAAGGAAACACGUCUAGCAGACCUCGAGAGUUUCGAUUUAGAUAAAGAUCAGUGGCUCCGCCUUUGCGGAAAAUCCAGCAGCGAUGCAAAAGUCGACGCCGUCGUCCACAAUGGAGCUGCUGUGAACUGGGUUGCCAGUUGUAGUGAUCUGCACAAGACUAACAUUGAUUCCGCGGUACAACUACUCAAAAUUGCCAUUGAAUCUACGGCGUUUCCCAAGUAUGUUUACAUCUCUGGAGGGCUGAAGAAGAGAGCAUCUGAAACGCUGGAAGAAUUUGCAGCCAAAUUGCUGAGUUGGGCUGGAUAUUUCCAAACAAAGUUUGUUGCCGAGAGCGUAAUCCGCGAAAUUGCUUCAAGAUUGCCGGCAGUUCAGAACCGCAUAUCAGUAGUUAAACCAGGCCUGAUCAUCGGAACAGCAGCUUCAGGAGCCGCCAAUACUGAUGAUGUCCUUUGGAGGGCAGUGGCAACAGCAGUUGGUAUAGGGUUAACCCUUUUGUCGAUAAAGUAG